AUGAGCCCUGCCCUGCAGCUGGCUCUCCUGGGUGCCACCCUCAUGCUGCCCCGAGUGCAGGCCCUGAUCUGUCAGCGGGGGACACAUAAGUCUCUGAGGAAUGUAUCGGAACUGCCCCUUGAGUGGACAACUGGCCAGGAGUUAUGUGAGGAUGGUUGGGGUUGCCAAGAUACGCUGAUCCUCAUUGAGAACGGACCCCAAGUGGGCGUGGUGAUCAGCAAGGGCUGCACCUCAGCGGCGGAUCAGGAUGUCCUCAUCAGGGAGCAUAGCGCAGGCCCUGGCCUCACUGUCCUCUCUUACACCCAUGUGUGCCGGGAGAAGGACAACUGCAACAGCCUGUCCACCAGCCUCCCGCUCUGGAACCUACCCUCCACUGCAGGCCCGGGCUCCCUGAGGUGUCCAGUCUGCUUGUCUACAGAACACUGCGAGUCUGCCACAGAACUGACCUGCCCAGCCGGGAGCACGCACUGCUACCGUGGGGCAAUCGGGCUCAGGGAAGGGGAUAGCCUCAGCGUUCUGAGAGUCCAAGGAUGCACGUCCCAAGCAGGCUGCAACCUGCUCAACGGGAUUCAGAAAAUCGGGCCCAUCAAAAUGAGUGAGGACUGCAGCCCCAGUGGUGAUCUGACCUGUCAACGAGGGGUCACGUUGUACAGCAAUCAAAACCUGUCUCGGACGCCCCUCAGGUGGACCACAGAUCACUACGAGCUUUGUAACGUUGGGGAGGUGUGUCAGGAGACACUUCUGCUCGUCGAUGUAGGACACAAAUCGAUCAUAGUAGGAAGCAAAGGCUGCAGCAAGGGCAAGAAGCAGGAUACCUCUAAGAUCACCAUACACUCGGGACCCCCUGGAGUGCUGGUGGCCUCCUAUGCCCAUUUCUGCCCCUUCAACAGGUGCAACAGGGCGAGCAAUACCAGCGUCCUGUUGAACUCUCUCCCUCGUCCAGCUGCCCCUGCCCCGGGAAAUUUGCAGUGUCCCGUCUGUGUGAACAUCUUUGGAUCUUGCCCAGAAAACCCCCAAAAUGUUAUGUGCCCCAGUGGCACCACUCAUUGUUACAGUGGUUACAUUCAGAUCCAGGAGGGUGGGAUACAGUCUGAAUUGAACAUUCAGGGCUGCGUGACCCAAGCUUCCAGCUCCUUGUUGAACCAUGUCCGGAAAAUUGGGGUCUUCUCUGUGACUGAGAACUCUGAGGAAAAGCUGGACGUUAUUCUCCAAGAUGGAGCAGCCCCCGUGCCCUUACUGGCUUGGGUGGUGGGGCUUGGACUAUCCCUAGCCCUCUGGUGUGGGAUGCCUCUCUGCUGA